CUUGUUUACUGGAGUCUGUUCUUGUCUGGCUCGACUCAUACGGUGGCAGCACAGAUCGAGAAAUGUACUGCACAAACACCUGCAGUGAUUGUGGAACAUCUUUCUUACAGAUCCUAAAUAACGGCCCUAUCGUUGUGCUGCCGACCUCGACUACACUUAACGACACUGUUUCUUUAUUUAACAACUGGAUAAAUAUGUGGCGCCCGCCUUCUUGUUCCAGUUGCAGGUCCGGCUUAGAUCGUAAAAACAUCCUGAGCAACAACCAAGUGAUUGUUUUGUUUCUGCCACAGUGGGUCACUAGAAAAUACCCAGUGGUUCCCAAUCCAGUGAUGGAGGUACCAGGAGAAAGUGGAACUGAGGUGUACUGUCUGUCGUCCGUCAUCUGUAGAGAUGCUGAGUCAGCUAAUUUCUACACCUAUUUGAUUCAGGGACGACAGACAGUAAAGGUGGUGGAUGAGUAUGUCCUCACUGCUGGUAAAUCCUGCAGUGAGGACAUGAAUGAAAGGGGAUUUAUUUAUGUCUAUGAGAAGCGAGGGAAUGUAGAAGAACCCCACAGUGACCACCUAAACACACCUAGUGUGACAUUUUCUCCUGGCCCUCCUCUCCAGAAUGAUGAAGAAAGUUCUGGAGAGGAGCCAGAACCUCCAAGUCUGGAAGAACAGAAUAACGCAGAGGACGAAACAAGCGGCCAUUUUGAGGAAGCAGAAAGUGAAACUAGAAUGACGACAUCACACAGAAAGAAGAAGCCACAUCCUGUGAUUAAAGAUCAUCACGCUACGGCGAACAGGUCAGCUGUCUCACAUAACCUCAACCAGACACUUUGCAACACGAGUACGCCAAGAUAAACAAGUCUCUAAAUCUGAAGUGAAAUCUUGUCAGGUGUUUCUGAGGUUUGAUAGGUAGACGUUUCUGCUAUGAGGUAAUCCCCAAGUGCGAAUUUCAAGAUGGAUCAAUAAAAUGAAAUCUAGAAAUGGAAAUCUGCCAAUUUCUCCUCUGAUCUUUACCUCGAAAAUGCCCAUAUUUUCUUAGUCUUUGCGUAAUCAAUCUGACUGAAGCAAUACAUCCGUAACGCCAGUUCAGAACCAAUAUCAUGUCAAGUCAUUCCAACCAUUCAGACAGAUUCCUAUUCAGUCACAUGCAUUCAAAUCAAUCCUAGUUAUUAAGCAAUGCAGACAAGUUACGUUUACAUUUAAAAUUAGUUGAAAAGUUUUCUAUUUUACGUGGCGACAGAGGAGAGAAAAAACCCCCCUCUAACAGGAAGAAACCUUCAGCAGAAUCAGAUGUUGGCUCUAUAACAAAAUGCAAGUUACUUGAAUAAUUAGCUGACAUUUUUUGCAUUCAAACAAUUAAGGUAAAUUUGCAAUAUUGUGCAGCUCUACUCCAGAUAUUUUACACUUUACAGGAAGUCAGGAGAG